AAGUCGCGAGCUCUCAUUGGUUCAAGGCGGUUGAGUUGUCAUUGUCGACUUUUGAUGACGUAGUUAUGUAACUUCUGGCGACGGCGCGAAAUACUAACGUUGUCGAACAGAAGGAUAUCUCUGUUCCCGGGUUGACUUUAGUGAGCUGGUGAGCUUUCGCUGACCGACUCCACCUCCUCAGUGAUGGAGUACGGAAAGGAGCGAGUGGUGGCGUUAGUAGACAUGGACUGUUUCUACGUCCAGGUGGAGCAGAGACUCGAUCCAGCUCUGAGGAACACUCCCUGUGUGGUGGCACAGUACAAGACGUGGAAAGGAGGCGGUAUCAUAGCUGUGAGCUACGAGGCCAGGGCCCAUGGUGUCACCAGGAACAUGUGGGUGGACGACGCAAAGAAACUUUGCCCAGAUCUCCAAGUGGCACGAGUGCGCGAGUCUCACGGCAAGGCAGACCUGACGCACUACAGGGACGCGAGUGUGGAGGUGAUCGAGGUGAUGUCUCGCUUCGGCAUGAUCGAGCGAGCCAGCAUCGAUGAGGCCUACGUGGAUCUCACUGCUGCGGUCCAGCAGCGGCUGAAAAACGUGAAUGACAAACCUGUUGAGCCUCACCAGCUGAGGGCGACGUACAUCCAGGGGUACCCGCAAACUUUACCUGAACAUGAGGCAUCUGCAGAGGACGCUGCCCCGGACAAAGAGGAGCUGAGGUCCAGAGGUCUUCAGCAGUGGCUAGCGUCCUUGCCUUACCCUCUGCCAGGGGAGCAGAGCACCGCGGAACUGAAUCUGACCGUGGGGGCACUCAUCAUCGAGGAAAUGAGGGCAGCCGUGGAGAAAGACACAGGGUACCGCUGUUCAGCAGGGAUAUCACACAAUAAGGUUUUGUCCAAAUUAGCUUGCGGUCUGAACAAACCGGAUCGACAAACCGUCCUGCCCUUGGACUCGGUGAUGGAACUUUUCAACUCUUUACCUGUCAGCAAGAUCCGGAACCUGGGCGGUAAGCUGGGUGCCUCCAUUACAGAAACUCUGGGAAUAGCGAAUAUGGGAGAUCUGACCCGCUUCUCUCAGGCUCAACUGGUCCAACACUUUGGAGAAAAGACGGGCCAGUGGCUGUACGACUUGUGUCGGGGGAUUGAUUUUGAAGCAGUGAAACCCAGACAACUUCCCAAGUCCAUCGGCUGCAGUAAAAACUUCCCCGGGAAGACAUCGCUGGCUACAAAAGAGCAGGUCCAGUAUUGGCUCCAUCAACUGGCCCUGGAGCUGGACGAGAGGCUUACCAAGGACAGAGAAGUGAAUGGCCGGGUGGCUAAGUUGCUGACUGUUGGUGUCCGUCAGCUCGGGGACAAGAAGACGAGCAGCUUCUCUCGCUGCUGCGCUUUAGUGCGCUACGAAGCGACCAAACUGUCCGAUGACAGCUUCGCCAUCAUCAAGAGUCUCAACACGGCGGGAAACCACCAGGCAGCAUGGACUCCGCCCCUCACCCUGCUGCACCUUUCGGCGAGCAAAUUCAGCGACGCUCCAUCAGCGGGCGGCAUCGCCGGCUUUCUUUCCGGUGAAGCCGCUUCGAGCCAGAGUCUUUUCUCCCCCACUCAGCCCUUCGGCCACCGGCCACCCUCUGAACCCAAAAAUGACCCGGCCUGCAAACAGCCCGGCACCAUCCGGUCCUUCUUUCAGAAGGCCGCCGAGAAACAAAGACACGAGGCGACAAAAGACGUGGACGAGGAGGACUUGGAUUUCGGCUCCACACCGUCUUCCUCCUCUCAGAAAACCUCUCUUCCUGAUAGUCAGUUGGAGGCAAAUACUAAUUGCCCCGUUUCGUCCCUCUCUAAAAGUGGUCCAGCCUGCAGCCAAGCUGGCAUUUCCUCUUUCUUCCACAAGAAGAGAGUUGAAAGAAGCGCCGAGGUCCCGGCCUCGACGUUCAAAGAGUCCGAGAGGGGCUGUAAGCCCAGACCCGACGAAGAAGACUUCGAAGACGCCGUCGCUGCUGCGUCGGGCCGCCGGGGCAAACCGUCGCCGUGUGAGGAGUUAAAGGAUGAAGCUGGCAUCGACGCGGAGAUAAACGGCCAUCCUGCUGCUGUAGCCAGAGAAGACCUGUUGAGCUGUGAACACUGCGGCAAGGAAGUGUUGGUCUGGGAAAUGCCUGAACACAACGACUAUCACUUCGCCCUGGAUCUCCAGAACUCCCUCUCCUCGUCCACAGCUUCGGCGCCCGUCUCCUCCUCCUCCUCCUCCUCCUCCUCUGCGUCCACUGUUUCACUUACUCCUCUCAGAGCCCAGUCCUCACGGGGGAAGACAAAAACCGGAAGCCAGUCGGGACCUCAACCGAAAAGGCAUCGAUCCCAAGGGGGAAGCUCGGGCCCUCUGGAUUCUUUCUUUAAGAGGAGCUGAAGGUGUGCUCUCGAGCUGCAUUUGAAAGUAGAAUAAAGUACAAGCUACCGUACAUGCAUAUUCAGUAUAUCACAAAGUUCAUGCGUUUGUGAAAGAAUGGAAACACUUGUAACAGGACUUGCUUUAAAUAGUGUAUAUUUAUGCAAUUUGUCGCAUAACCCUUUUUAUUAAAAAGAGAAUGAUAGUACUUUGAAUAAAUGGUUUUGCAGAAUAUGUUAAUGAAACUUUUUACACCACGUAGUUGUAUAAAUAAUGUUGUUGUACCGCGAUGUGCCAGCAGAUGCCACUAACAAGUUGUUUGUAGCUGGAAUCCUCACUCCAGAGUCGAUAUCACGUUUUCCAGUGAGCUCAAAUCACAGACGUUUGUCUCCUGCAAGAUGAGAGGAAACUUAUUUGAUUUUUUUUUCAUGGGACAUGUGAUUGCUCACAGGAUGAGACCAGUUGUACAUUAAGAGGUGGUUUGGUUCAUCCUUCGGCACCACGGUGCUCUGGAAGUGCGUAGAAGCAGCUCAGCUAUGUGUAAGUAUAUGAAUAUGCGCUGCGGGGCGAGGGCUUCCAUUACCUUUGUUAUUUCUUUACAUGUGUUUGCAUUCCUGAUCAGCUGGGGAGCCGAUAUUAAACAAUAAAAAGAUAACAGCCAACUCGCUUUGUGUAUUGAGUCAUGGCUUUGUGACAUCCAAGCCAGUAGAGGAAAGGCUGUGUGUAUGAAGACAUGGCUGAAAAACUUUUGCAAUCCUUUACUUUAAAGAAAAAUUAAAUACUUGCGAACGAGACA